AAAAAGAAGUCAAUAAUGGAAGUCGCAAAACAAAUCGGAACACUUUUGGUUUUCUUGUGUGUACGAAAUUCAGUUUUCGGUCUGGUGUGCUACGAUUGUGGAAGAGACACUGUGAAUCAACAGGUGAAAUGUAACGCUACAACUACGUGUCCUCAAGGCCAGAGAUGCUUGUUACAGACUUUGGUGUCAUCUACAGACGGGCACAAACGGUUCCAAAUGAGAUGUGGAAAUCUUGAGGAGUGUGAUGGAGUGGAACUUUUGCCUGUUGGAAAACGUGCAGUGCAAACUCGUAGUUUAACAGUACAAUGUUGUACAACUGACUUGUGUAAUGGUGUUGCCUCCAGUGGUCAUGUGGACCCUUCUGCGAGUACAUGUAAUCGUGAUAUUGAGGUAAUGUUGGAAGACUCUACCGGGGCUGCCGUUACCGACCACCAAAUUCUGAAACAGUUCCUCCAGUCCAUGGUCGAUCAUAUGAACAUAGGCGCUCAAAACAAUCAGAUGGGUUUAUCUACGUACGACACGAACAUUGAUCAUAAAUGGGACCUGGAUAAACACCUUACAAAUGCUGAACUGAAAGCUGCCCUGGGUCGGCUAACAUUCAAUGACCACAACAAAAACACAGCGGACAUUCACCGCGUUGUUGAUUUCCUUACUGACCAUGCCUUUACUCACAUAAAUGGCAACCGCAAUCUCUUUUCGGACUCAGUUGUAAUAUUCGUAAAUCAGAACUCACAUGUACGUCUUAGAGAUGCCAUUCUUAAUGAGCAGCAUAAAUUGAAUGGAGUCAGUCGCGAUGUUGUUAUCGUUGUCGUUGGAUCAGGACAAGAUUCACCGGAAAUUACGCAACUAUACCAGCUUGCUUCCAGUUCCGGUCACGUGCUUCAUGUCCCCAGUUACAGUAAUUUAGCAGGUUUAGAAUUGAAACUUCUGAGCUUAUUGUGCCAUUAAAUGUCCAAUAUAUUAAAUACGGGAAACUGAA